AUGGGAGUUGGCUGCAAAGAAGUGUCUGCAAUCACAAAUCCUGUUGAACAUGAAGUCACAAAUUACCGUGUCGCAGCAUCUCAGUUUUGUGCCGUUGGUACCUUGUGUAUAAUAAUUUUUACAAAUGGCUCAAGUUUUGGCCUGAUAACAGUAUUACUUGCAGAACUAAGCAAAGAAGACUCGGAAAUCAAAGUUUCUUUGGAAGAAUUAUCAUGGAUUGGCAGCUUGAAUUACUUGCUGAUACCGGUCGGCAAUCUAUUGAGCGGCUUAGCCGGGGAUUACCUUGGCAGGCACACGACCCUCGCUCUCUUGGCGACCCCAUACCUGGUCGCGUGGGUCUCUUGUCGCUCGGCGUGGAGCGUCGGCGUGCUCUUGGGCUCGAUCGGCCUGACCGGCUUGGCCGGUGGACUCCUCGAGGGCACCGCCAUCACCUUCACCGCCGAAAUCAGCCAGCCCCACUUGAGGAGCGUUUUGUCGUCCACAGCCAUCGCGGCUGGCAAUUUUGGCAUGUUCCUGGAAAUCUUCCUCGGCAGGUUCGUCUCGUGGAGGAGCCUCGUCCUCGCCAACAUCGUCCUCACGCUUGCCUACGCCGUGGCGAUGUACUGGAUCCCCGAGAGCCCGCACUGGCUUGCAAGCAAAGGUCGGUACGCGGAGGCCGAAAAUGCUUUGGCCUGGUUACGGGGCUGGGCCUUACCGAGCCAAGUGGAGGAUGAAUUCAACGAGAUGCGCGGCACUUUUGACUCAACUCGAUCGGCGCCAACUACCAUCACCAACGUGGAAAGCUUCGAUGACUUUGCCGAGGAACCUGGAACAAAGAGCAUUUACCAACGUUACCUCCAGAGAUCGUUCGUAGUUCCGUUCGUUUUGGUCGGUUUUACCUUUUUUCUGGCUGCCUUCAACGGUAGCAAUUCCGUGUUGACGUAUUCGGUCAUCAUGUUUGGAAAGAUGCGGUCACCGAUUGACGAGUACAAUGCAGGAAUCAUCGCUAGUUUUUUCAACUUGAUCGGGACAACCAUGUUUGCGUUUGCCAUUAGCUGCACGGGCAAGAGAAAACUAGUGUUAUUGACAAUGUCCAUGUCAGGAUUAGCGUACAUUGUUAGUUCGGUUCUCACAUUUUUUUUUAAAAACACAGAUUCGGUGAGCGAAAUUUACAAUUGGAUUCCGACAGUAUUUGUUUUGUUGUCUACCUUCCUGUCGGCUGUUGGAGUAAACAUGAUUCCUUACAUCCUCACUGGAGAGGUUUUUUCAAUUCACAUGACCAAUUUAGGUACGGGAGCUUCCGUUGCACUUUACAACGUAUUCACAUGGCUGAACAAUAAGACGUACUUGAAUAUUGUCGAAGGUGUUGGUAUUUCGGGGACAUUUCUCUUUACGGCUUUGAUCAAUAUUUUUGGAUGCGUUGUGUUGUACGUAGUUCUUCCUGAGACAGAAGGGAAGGCACUAAAAGAAAUUCAGGAACAUUUUUCAAAGCCAGUUAAAUCAAACACAAUGAAGGUAACACAAUGA